AUGGGAUCAAUAGGUCAUAAACGCGCAAUUUGCAUAGCGAAUUGCAGUGGAGCAAAUCCCGACCCUGGGUAUAAGAUGUUAGAGCAGGCUACAACUGGAGACGUCGAUGCAAUCACGGGCGAUUACCUUGCGGAGUUCAACCUGGCAUCGAAUGCCCUCGCCCAUAAAUCAUCGCAACACCCGGGCUGGGAGCGUACCUGCGAGGACGGACUCCUGCAGACCAUACAAGUUGCCAAUGAAAAAAGAUUGAAGAUCGUCGUGAAUGGUGGCGCCAUAAACCCGAAGGGACUCGCCGAACUCGUGCAAUCCAAGGUGGAUGAAAAUAAUUACAGUCUCAAGGUCUCGUAUGUCCAAGGAGAUAAUGUGCUUUCUCGGCUGGGUGAGAUUUUCAGCACCUCGACUUAUUCACACCUGGACUCAAAUCGGGCAAGAGUCAAGCUUAACAAAGCAACCCACUCUUUCCUCGAUACCCAAAAAGAGAUUAUUUCGGCACAUGCAUACCUGGGCGCCCGGGGUAUCACUGCUGCUUUACGAGCAGGAGCUGACAUUGUAAUUACUGGUCGUGUCGCUGAUGCGAGCCCUGCGGUCGGUUUGGCAGCAUGGUGGCACAACUGGUCGGAGCAUGAAUUUGACAAACUGGCCGGGGCUUUUGUUGCUGGACAUCUCAUCGAAUGUGCUUGCUACUCAACGGGAGGUAACUUCUGUGGUUUCACCAAGUUUGAAACCGAAGAUUUGGUGAACUUGGGUUAUCCCAUUGUGGAGAUCGAACACGACGGGACCUUUGUCUUGACGAAGCACGAACAACUCAAAGGAUUUGUUACUGUCGACACAGCUCGAGCACAGCUCCUGUACGAAAUUCAAGGCAACAUUUACCUAAACAGCGAUGUCAAGGCCGACUUGCAAGACAUUAUCAUGGUACAAGAAGGACCCAACAGGGUGCGUGUUAGCGGUGUCAAGGGCCACCCACCACCCCCUACUACGAAACUCGCACUCUUCUACAUUGGGGGUUAUCAAGCUGAAUGGAUUUUCGGCGCAACUGGGACACACGAGGAGGUUAAAGCCAAAUGGAGACUUCUCGAAGCGCAGAUCAAGUGGAUCUUGAAACGCAGGGCAAUUCGUGAGGACCAAUUCGACGAGCUUCAAUUCCAGCAUCUAGGAGUUCCAGAGGCAAAUCCCAGGAGCCAGGAGAGCGGCACUGCAGUCUGCAGAGUGUUUGCACAGUCCGAAGAUGAAGCUGUUGUUCGGCAAGUCUUCGAGGCGUGGACUGAGACAAGCAUGCAGCACUACUCCGGUAUGCAUACGCCUUUAGACAUCCGUACAGCGGUUCCCAAGCCUUAUCUGGCAUACUUCCCGGCGCUCAUUCCGCAGAGCUCCCUCCAUGAAACUGCUACGAUUCUUAAGCCUGAAACGAUAAUCGAAGCCGGCAACGUCACUGUUGUUGAAGAGCUCCUUCCUUCACUCGACUACGAUACGAAGGACCCUGUGCCUUUGGAACAGUUCGGCCCAACCGUGAAUGUCCCCAUGGGACAAGUUGUCUAUGCCAGGAGUGGUGACAAAGGCGCAAAUGCGAAUGUUGGCUUUUGGGUACAACAGCAGGAUGAGUAUGACUGGCUGCGUUCCGCAUUGUCCAAGAAGGAGAUGAUCAGAAUCCUCGGCGAUGAUUGGAAGGAUGAAUACCAUCUGGAGCGUGUAGAGAUGCCAGGCAUUUUCGCGGUGCAUUUUGUCAUCUACGGAAUCCUUGGUCGUGGAGUUUGUUCAUCAUCUCGCCUGGACAACUUUAGCAAGGGUGUCGCUGACUAUCUCCGUUCAAAGUAA